AUGAUCUCAUCGGGAAGUUGUGGCCUUUGUGAGUAUCUUCACGCAGACUGGUGGGGAAAGCGGAGAGAGAUCCAUCGGCUGCUUGUUUCUUUAGGGAAGUUGGCCCGCCACAAUCCUCUUUGGAAAACUCAUAACCAAAACUGCAACGAACUUUGCAAAAUCCUCGCCCUUUCUUGUCACCCAAGCCUUUUUCACGCAAAGCCAUCUCCACUCCUCCCUAUCCUAUCCCGAACCUCAAUCCGCUGCUUCACCACCAGCGGCGACAUUCCCGGCCCAAUAUUCCCCAAGUGGUUCCAGUUCCCGACCACGACCACGAAAACCUCCGACAUUUACGGAGGAGGUGUCCGAAUUGGACAAGACAACUUCGAAGCGCCAGCAGGUAGCAGCAUUAAGGUUAAAAAGUGGUCGAGGAAUAGAGAUAGUUAUUUGACUAAUGAUGAUGACCCUCUUCCUCUUCCUAUAACAUACCCUGAUUCUUCCCCUGUGACUGCUGAAGAAAUUGAUAAGCGACUCCAAUGUGAUCCCCAAAUUCAGGAUUGUCGGGAAGUGGUAUAUGAAUGGACUGGGGUGUGCAGGAGUUGCCAAGGGACUGGACUUGUUAGCUACUAUAAUAAAAGAGGGAAAGAGAUUAUCUGCAAAUGUAUACCUUGCCUUCGAAUUGGUAAUUUCUUCUGUUUCUUACUUGCGAUUUCGAAGAUACGUUGCCAGUCAAGCUUUAGUCAUUUCAUGAGUAGAAAUGCUAAUAUUCCAGCAUUUUGUUCUCCAGCUCUGGAUAUUGGAGUGAUGGAGGAUUUAGAUUAUGGAAAACCACCAUGA